AUGGCAGAUGAAUUGUUCGAUGCUAAAUCCGCGGAUGGAUCAUUCAAUCUGGUGAAUCCUUCACCGUGCCCGCUUAAAGCAGAGGGAGCCUCAAGCUUCAAUCAGCUCCUUCAGGAUCACGGCAUCAGCCAGGAGCUCACGGAUCGGCUGCUCGCCGACGGUUGGGAUGCGAAAUCUUUUCGCCAUGUUGUCUGCCAGGAAUCUGAGCUUGCGGGGGUCCUCCCUGAGAUGUUCCCGGACACUGAAGUGUCCUUGAUGCAGCGUGCCAAGCUGCGAGCCGUAUGGUCGUCGCUGCAGCGACGCGGUAGUAACGAGCCUGCUCCUGCAGAACCGCUGGGAUCCCCGGCCAAGCAAGGCUCGGGAUGGUCGGAAGCCUUCGCCCCCAAGCUUGAUGCAUCGCGGGUGGCCACGCUCAAAAAACGUUUCUUGGAAGCCUUCCCAUCCGAAAUCUUGACGGCUAUGAAUACCCCCUCGCUCCGCCUCUUGAGCACUGCUGUCGACGCCGAGGUUAAGAAGAACUGGUCUUGGAUCCCGUGGAAGAGUCGCAUGACACAACAGAUGUAUGAGGAUUCCCUCAUGCAGAAGCCGGCAAAAAGGGCCAGGAUUGAGACCCUUCAGCUUUCGGACCUGUUGCUCGAUGAACCGCCACAGAUUGAUAUCAAUGAUUCCACCAUGGGGAUUUCAAUGAUCCGUAGGCUGUUGGAGGUGCAUGACAAUGCCCUCGCUCUUGCAGGCACCGCGCAUCUUGCGCGCCUCAAAGCUUACACCUCUAAGUUUUUGAGCCUGGUUUCGCAAAAAUUCCCGCCUGAAACAAACCUUCGGCCCCCCUCUGUGCUGGAAGCUCAGCAGGCGGACAAACACUUGUGGUCGUGCAUCUUUCAGCUUGUGAUCGAGAAAGAGUGGCAGGUGAAUGAUGCGAUCUACGAGUUCACGGAGAUCCGCGGCGAUAUGUCGUCAUGGCUGCAGCCCCGCGCCAAAGCUGCCUCGGCAGGCAAUCGUAGGCCGUAUACACCGGGCGGCCGUGACAACCGCCCGCCCACCCCACCGCCAGGUCGUGGCACUGGGAAGGGCAAGGGGAAAGCCAAGAGCCCCACCAAGCAAGGCACCCAGCCUAGGGGUGUUCCGUGGGUUCGCGAGUACAAGGAGGGCGGCCAGGUGAAAAAAUUGUGCAUUGGGUGGCAGAUCGGGAAAUGCCAGCGUGGCAACUCCUGCGAGUUCACGCACGGCUGCCUCUUCGAUUGCAUUUUGUGCUCAUUGCGGGAAGCCCCUUGGCCCAAACAGGUCACCAUCGCCCUGCCUGAGCUUUGCAGGGACCUGAAUGCCCUCUUCAGGUUCCUCUUUCCAAACGAGCACUGGAACGCUUUGUGUGUCUCGCGCAAUGGCCUCAGUGCGCUGCAUUCCGACUCAGCGAACAUUCCUGGCUCACGCAAUUUGUCACUCUCGCUGGGCGCCUUCUCGGGUGGCCAUCUGUGGAUUGAGGACCUCUCCUGCCUCUCGCAAGGUGGAAACUCCCUCACCCUAAGCCCCAGCCUUGACCCGACCCUGGAUGUCCUUUGCCCAGACCUCCUCGAGCAGGUCCUCUUCCUUUGCGGCUCGGGAGCGGCCUGGCUGCAUCAGGGAAACUGUGCUCUGAUCUUGAUACCCCCAUUACUGUACUCAGACUCAGCUAUUCCGUGCCAGCCCCAGCUUUUGGCUGCUUCUUACCGCCCGCUUUCCGCCCUGGCGGUCAGCUCGCCCGCCUUCGCUCCCCCGCAAUGCGCAAGUGAAUUUGCAUCUUCGUUUGCCACGAUCGCUGCCCCUCUGCUCCCGGCAGAGGGCCGCGAGCUCUCCCUGCAGUCAGUCAUCAAGUCUAUCCCACGCAAAGGCCUUUUCGCAGGCCCACAUGCACUUCAUGAUGGAGCUGGGAAACGCUCCAUUGCCGAUUGGAGCAGCCCUGCAAGCCAUGAUGCAUUUCGGGGAUUACGCAAAGCCCUGCUGCAAUUCUGCAUCUCAGCUCGAGCCGACAAACGCUUGCUUGCUCGCGGUUCCUGCCCGUCGAAUGAACCGCUUUUCAGCUCUUCCGAAGUGUCCGCAGCCAGGGAUCUGGUGUUUCCUUCGCUGGGUAUGCAGACCCCGGAUAACGCUUGGUAUGUGCAUCCAUACCAACCCAUGUGCUUGCACGCGUUUGAAGCCCUGGCACAACAUUGUGGCGAUCAGGACAUUCAUUUGUUUCCGCAUUUGCGUAUGGGUGUGCCAACCGGGUACUUGAAUGACAUCCCCCCUUCCAACUGUUUCUGGCCUCCCAAAGGCCAAUCAGGGGAGCUGAUUCCAUUGGCGCUCAAUCUUGAAAACUGGAAGUCGGCCGAUGUGGCUCCUGAGGUCACUUCGCGCUUGCUCCAAGAGGAGUUGGACGCGGGAUACUGCUUUAAGUUUGAAGGCACACUUGAGGAGGCGAAAAGUAGAUGGCCCGUUGGCCUAGCACUGGGAAAAUUGGGGGUUGUUAGGGCUCCGGGGAGGGCCGAACGACUCGUGUUGGACAACAGCGUAGCUGGGACCAAUUCUCAGUGCACAGUGCCGGAACGUCAAUGUUUCCCGAGCAUACACGAUGUUUCGCAUUCUUUCCCGAUUCGCGAGACUUCCGAUCGCCAGAUGGCCAUUUGCAUUGAUGUCAAGCAGGCGCACAAGCGCUGCCGCAUCCGCGACUCCGAGCAGGGCCUGCUCGGCUUCACUUGGCACAACGCGCUAUACUUUUUUCGCUGCUGCCCAUUCGGAGCAGUUUUCUCACAGCAUUGGUGGGGUCGCGUGGGAGGGUGCACUUUGCGCCUGUUACAUACCCUGCUGUUCCUGGCCCAUGUGGGCCUCCUUUUCGUGGACGACUUCAUUUUCAGCCAAGCGGCCAGCCUCAUUCAGUUGGAAAAAAUUACAAAUUUCUUGUCGGGUCGAUUGGAUUGGAUGGCGGUUGUGCUUCUCUUCGGGUACGGUUAG